UUAAGUUGUGAAAUCGGUUCAGUUUAUUUGUCAGUAGUUAUAAUUUACCAUUCGGUCGCUGAAUCAACUUUGUCGGAUUUUUUUGGUUCGAAUGAACUAAUAAAGAGACAACUUAAGAUAAGUGAUCAGUCAAUAUCGCAUCUGUGCACUCGGACAAUUCGUUCGCAUAUCGGUGAAACACUUCGUUCGCAUUUAUGCGAUUAUCUGUUCGAUUUGCGAGUGCUGAAUCUAAUGUUUCAUUGUGAACGUUUUCGUUCGUUGAUUGCGUCCAUUGAGUCAACAAUUGAUCCGUUCGAUAUCACGCUGCUCGCGGCACCGAUCGCCAAAAAUGCUCGAAUUGCUGCACAGAGAUAUUCGGUUCGUCUUUGCCCUCUAAUCAUUUAUUUAUCAUUCAUAGUUGGAGAGGGAGGGGAAAGACUGCCUACACGGGGAAAUUCUCACUGUGAACAGAGGAGGGAAAAUCCGCCUCGUUUUCCAACCCUUAUGUGGCUGAAAAUCAAUUUGUUUGUUUCUCGUUAA